GUAAACUUAUUCGGCGCUCGUUCUAACGAUGGAGGUUUUAGGUGAAAUUAGUAACUUUUGUCGCUUUUGUCUGAGCCAGGAGUGCGAAUCCUUAAUGCCACUAUCCAGCGCCAUCGAAAGCCUAUCUUUUUCGUUGCAAGAUAUACAGGAAACGACCGGUAUUUCGAUUCUGGAAAGCGAAACCACAUGCCUUACAGUCUGUUCAAAAUGCAGCAACCGUAUUGAACUCGCAGUGGAUUUUCGUCGUUCCUGCCUAAACGCAAACAUUCUGUUUAUGCAGCUUUUCGGUCCUAUUGAUAAACUUAGCUCAUCCGACAUCGCGGAAGAGAAUCUUGAGGUCGCAUACGCAAAGAACGACCCUUUGAACAUCGAGAUUAUUCUGAAAAACGAACCGACCGAUGAAAACACCUAUGAAGUGCACGAUGAACCAGCAUUACUGAAAGAAGAAUCACAAGAGCUGAUAGAAGAGCCAACAAACAACGAACAGGAUGAUUUUGAAGAUGUAACCAUCCGUUCCGAAGAUCUUCCAAAAGUCUCCACCAACACACUAAGAUCGAAAAGAAAUACGCGGGUGAACACUACCGCAUCGACUCGAAGAAUGGCGAAAUCAAAAGAAGAGGUAGCGGAAUGCGACAACUCAAACAAACCAAUGAAACGAAACAAAUCCGGAAGGCACAGAAAACGAUUAUGCGGUAUUUGUGGUGCACUAGUUUUCAACAUGGUCGACCACAUUCGAUCGCAUACCAAAGAAAACAUGCUUCAAUGCCCACACUGCCCCGUACAGAUGGCUAAUGGUGCCAACCUAUUAAGGCACGUGCAAACGGUACACGAGAAAAUAAUAGUGAAGUCUUGUGAGCCGUGUGGAAAAGGGUUCACCACAGACAACGCCUACAAAUCGCACAUGCGAACCCACCACAAUAUUGGUGAGCAGUACCAGUGUGAAAUCUGUCUUAAAAUAUUCAACCAUGCUUCGAACCGCCGAGAUCAUAUAAAGCGAAUACAUACGAGUGAAUUGAAGUAUGAAUGCCAGAUAUGCCAGAAAAAAUUCAAGCACACGAACAGUCUGAAACGACAUGGAAGGGUGCACUCUACCAACGCUCCCUACGCCUGUAGCCAGUGUCCAAAGCGAUUCAAGUCUUCGUGUACGAAAAGAAAGCAUGAAAUUACACACAGUGGCAUCGAUUUCCCGUGUACAAUCUGCCCCAAGGUGUACCGGUACAAGAGCCUACUCAGCAUGCAUUACCGGAAAUGCCACCCAGCGGAGUGUAGCCGCGAAUUAGCCUAAAAAACCGUCCUCAAAUGCUACCAAGCAUUAUUGUGAUGAAUGAUAUGUACCUCAAACACACAAGGUAUCGAACGCAGUUUCGAUAGGAAUAGAUAAGCUGUUAUCUAUUGGUAAAGCAAAU